AGUUUUAAGUUUGGAAUUAAAUAAAGAUAGAGAUGUGGAAAGAAUACAUGGAAGUGGCAUCAACACCCUUGAUAUUGAGCCUGUUGAGGGAAGAUACAUGUUAUCUGGUGGAUCAGAUGGCGUUAUUGUACUUUAUGACCUUGAAAACUUGAGCAGGAAGCCAAGUUACACGUGUAAAGCACUUUUUUCAGUUGGAAGGAGUCAUCCUGAUGUACAUAAAUUCAGUGUGGAGACAGUCCAGUGGUAUCCUCAUGACACUGGCAUGUUUACAUCGAGCUCAUUUGAUAAAACCUUGAAAAUAUGGGAUACAAACACUUUACAACCUGCAGAUAUAUUUCAUUUUGAGGGAACAGUCUAUAGCCAUCAUAUGUCUCCAAUUGCUACAAAGCACUGUUUAAUAGCAGUUGGUACCAAAAGCCCCAAAGUACAGCUCUGUGACUUGAAGUCUGGAUCCAGUUCUCACAUUCUGCAGGGUCACAGACAAGAAGUAUUGGCAGUGUCUUGGUCCCCACGUCAUGAAUAUGUUUUGGCAACAGGAAGUGCUGAUGGUAGAGUAAAAUUGUGGGAUGUGAGGAGAGCUUCUGGAUGUCUAAGUACACUUGAUCAGUACAAUGGAGAAAAGUCCAAAUCAUCUUCUGAGGCAGCAAACACUGCUCACAAUGGGAGAGUUAAUGGUUUAUGCUAUACAAAUGAUGGACUUCACCUGCUAACCGUUGGUACAGAUGAUCGAAUGCGACUCUGGAAUAGCUCCACUGGAGAAAACACCUUAGUAAACUAUGGGAAAGUCUGUAAUGAAAGUAGGAAAGGACUCAAAUUUGCCAUCUCUUGUGGCUGUAAUCCAGAGUUUACCUUUGUUCCGUAUGGAAGUACCAUUGCUGUUUAUACAGUUUUCACAGGAGAACUGAUAACUAUGCUUAGAGGGCACUAUAGUACUGUCAACUGCUGUGUAUUUCAACCUCAUUUUCAGGAACUUUAUAGUGGUAGCAAAGACUGCAAUAUCCUUGCAUGGAUACCAGCUCCACGAGAGCCAGUUCCUGAUGAUACGUCUGAAAAGUCUCUGCCUCAACAACAUGUAAAUCCAGCGUAUGAAGAUGCUUGGAGCAGCAGUGAUGAUGAAGGCUGAAUUUAAAUUAUGAGCUGAUAUAAAAUUGACAUUCAGGCACUGCAUUCACAGGCUUUUACAGAAUUGGACAUUGUUGGAUUUCUCACAACUGGAUUUUAGUUCUGUUAGAGCAAGAAAUGUUUCCACUGUUCUCUGUGUUUCUUUGUCACUGUAAAGUUAAAUCCAAAGGAUUACUUUUUCAUACUUGAUGACUUUUGUACUUAUACAUUGGUAUACUUUAUUGAAGUAUAGUGUUGAACAGCUGAUAAAGAAAAAAUAAAAGACCCUGGGACCAGUCAAAAUUACAUUGCUUCUGUUAUCUUUAGUACAUGAGGAGAUAACCCUUUCAUUUCCAAGACACAUGAUACAGAGAAUUUUCCAUUAAAUAGGGGUAGCUCAGAAAUACUUCCAACUUACUUUUAUCAAUGUCUUGAAGGGGCAGAUUGUAUCCAUUUUCAAGUGCUCAUGUGCUGUGGGAGUCAACAGAUGUUUGUGCCUCCUGUUCUUGCAUUUUCAGUUUUGCAUAUUUAUCUAUAAACGCAGUAUUCUCUUCAGAAGGAGGUAUAGCAGGGAUCCUCUAUUCAAGUAUUUAUAUGGUGACUCUAUCAUCUAAUAUCUGACUCUGCCCCGGAAAGCUAAGAAUAGAAACUGGUUUAGAGUUUUUGUUGCUCCUGUUAGCAGUUUUUAAGGUCAGCCUUCUGUGUAUGAAUCACACAUCUUUAGCAAUCAUGAAGGACUCCUGGACAGAAACAGAGUUGAGGUACUAUACAAGGUAGGGAAUAGAUCACAUUUCAAGUUAAAGAGAUUGAAUGUAAUCAUUCCAAACUGUUUUCAUCUAAAACUUUUUGUGGUCCUAAUGCCUGCUCUGUUUUGAAAAGGAGGAGUUUUGUGGGGUUAUUGUCUCAUCUCAGUCGCUAGUUUGUGCUUCAGACAUAAUGUAGUCUCUGUCACUACAGAGACUAAAGAACGUUUUCAGAUUGCUUAAAGCAUCACCAGCAAGAGUAUUGGUAGAAACAGGUCCAGUAUAAAAGCAACAGCAGGACAAGGUUUGUUGGCAAGGUUCAGUCUUAAGGGCACACUGAGGAAAAGCAGAUGAAAACCUGGACUCAAUCAGUCCUGUCCGAAAUAAACCAAAACCAUGCCACAUAACUUAUAACUGAAGUUAAAUGUGUUAGCAAAGGAUUCAUAAAGGAUUUAGUAUACCACAACAGUAACUUACUUACAGACCUAACUUACAAAUCUAAAGCGAUUAGAGAAUCUAGAGGAGCAGCAUUUCUUGUGCACUUGGUACAGAACAUGCACACGUGCAUGCACACAGGCACAAAGAGCCUGUACAAGGUGAAAAAUUCCCCUCAGAGUAGUGAAAUACCCACUUCAGAUGCCUUUGUGAAAGGUGGAGCCUCAAGAAGUCCUGGGAUCUUCCAAAUACAGCAAACAUGGGAGUUCCCUGGCUCUGAGAGGCCCCACUCACAGGGGCUUUGCUGGUCACAGCUGCUUCUCCAGGAGAGCUCAAAGGGUCUCACUUUGGAACACUGUUUGUAGGGCUGCAAGAGAGGGGCUUUGAUCAUAACAAUGUUCCAUCCUGGCCACACUUUGGGUUGGAAACUUUCUUUGAAAAUCAGAGAAGAAAAUAUAUUAUCACACUUGGGUUCUUAUUCAGGCAAAAAAGUGUCCAAGGCUGAUCCUUAAAACACAGGAGCUCGUUGGACAUUACAAAUUCCUGGGAACAGACAGUGUUUUUACUGGUAAGUAAAGAGAGGCUUAGUCUGGGUGCUGUUCCUAAGGAGCAUUUCUCAGAUCACAUUGGGAGAGGGAAUUGAGGCACUAUUGCGGAAUAAACUUUUAGACAUCCAUUUUUGCCUAAGUUGCACCAUGAAGGAUUCAGCUCAAGAAGAGGUGGGCUGUGAAUUAUUUGUCCAAGUAUCUUCUUAGCCAGAUGCCUUUGGGUUUAGUGUCUCAAACAGUUGAAAAUAGAAAUUAGUUGCCUUGGGGCCUUCUUGCUCCUACUGGCAACUAUUAUCUUCUUCAUAGGAGUCCUUCCAAAUCCUCUUCUGAUAUCAGUUGUUGCUGGUAUUAUUCUCCUUCUUGACUGUUGUCCUCUGCUGGAGGAGAGGUGUUUCUGAUAAGGGAAAUGAGAAACACUUGACCCUCAUUUCAUGUGGGCAAGAAUCCAGACACAUUCUGCAACCCAGCACCUGCAAGCCUUCUACAUAAUGGCAGUUGCUGCCAUGCAGUGUUUAGUUUCCAAGUUUAAAAACCUCUUGGUACUAGCCAGCAUCUCAAACACCAAUUUCUGUGAAAAUUCUACUUUGAAGAUUGAUAUUUUUGCUAUUAUUUCCUUCACUACUUCUUUCUGUAGUUAAGUUUUUAUUUAAGCUUUUUUUGUAGAAAAAGAAUUGUAUUUUAUAUCUUCUGCAUUCCUAUGGCAGCUGUACUUAAUUACUGAGUGUUGGUGUCUUCAGAAUGAAAAAUUUUAAAGAGCAGUAAAGGUAUACUGUAUAUGAUUUUUCACUGCCAAGAACUAGGUACUAAGCCAGCAAUAUCACUUGCAACUGCAAUAUCUUUCUUGUGUGUAAGUUAAAUGUUAAAAUUAAAUCUGAGUUUUCCCCUUUGUUUAUGCCUUUCUGCUUGUAUGCUUAUGGCAUGUAUUUUAAUAGUAUCAAAACUCUUUCAGAACCCAAAGUGGAACAAGUAAAGUGAUAUAGACUUAAUCAUACUUUCCAUUCUUACCCAUUGGUCAGGUAAAAAUCAGACAUCUAAAAAUACAGUCAGGUGUCAAAAUGGGUGCUCUGUUCAUACUGAAAUAAAAUUAUUCACUUGAGAGUCAACUAGCUCAUAGCUAGAUUCUUGCUGUUAAGAACAGUAAAAGUUAAGAGUUUAAGGAGAGAGAGCUUAGGCUGCAAUGAACUGCAUUCUUAUCUCACUAGUGGUACUGGGAUUUAGUCAUACUGUAUCAGAGAACAUAGAGAAUCUAAUCUUAGAUUCUAGAGAAUUUAAUCUCUUCAGGCUGUUCUGGGAAUUGAAUAUUGCUUAGAAGACUUUCUUUGUCUGCCAAGGCAGAGAUUUUUAUUCAAACUUGAUGCAGUAAGUGUCAAAAAGUGGAGAAGAAUUUAUUUGCUCUUACAAGAGAUCAAAGAGUUUUCUUUUCCUUCUAGCCUAAGGAAACAAUGAAGCUGGAAUCAGACUGAUCUAGUCCAACUGAAGACUAAGAGCCUGAGACAAGUGGAAGUUGAGUUCUGUGGAUUCUGUGGAGGCAGUAAGAUAGAACAGUAAGAUAGAACAGUAAGAUAGAUAGAUUAGUUAUGGCUAGGUUAUGAUGCUCAAGUACCUGAUAUUAAGACUGCCAAGAAAAACCUUGUUCUUUUUUUCUUCUAUAUACAGAUCUGAAAGAAAGCAUUAGCACAUGAGAAUUUCUAUAUAACUAUCUCUCCAGUAGAGGGAAUAACAAGUUAACACCAUAUUCUUACCUCCCUUUGCCCUUUUUUCUGUGCCAGGUGUACUAGCUCUUGCACAAAGACUGACAAAUCUUGAAACUUAGGGAUUUGUUUGCCACCUUUUUUGCAUUGAUUGGAUUUCUUGUCAGGCCAGACUUCUCACAAGACACCUGGGGUUUUUUUUUAAUUAAGAAUGAUUUCCUUUGUCAGCUUAGGAUCCAAAAUUUAGGAACCCCAUCAUAGUAAACCUGAAAUAAAAACCUCAGACUUGCCAACGUCAAUAAGAUUGAUUGUUAUGUUUUUCUUCCCAUUUUUUUAAUACCUGUAUUAUAGUUCUUAUCCUACCUUGAAUGUAUACACAUAUAUCUAUGCACAGAAGAUAUAAAAGUACUUGAAAUACCACUGCUUUUGCACCACUGGAGGAUAGUUCUUGGUUUUGUUCUUACCUCAUUUUUACACGGAGGCAAGGGUCUGUUUCACAUAGUUGAGAAUUGUGGGCUCUUUAGUGCACAUGGGCCUGGCAUCUGCCAUAGUGAAUGGGUAAACUUCCUGCUUGGCUUAGUACACACUAAGUUUGCAAUACCUAGUCACAUUAUGGGCAUAUCAGUUAAACAACAACAUCUGUGCAAAUAGAGGUUUUUUAGCAUGGUUAAAGUAGUCCUUAAAGAAAGAACUUGAGUAUUGGCUGCUAAGUGCUAUGGUUAUGCAACUAUUCUCACACUUUUCCACCAAGAUGUGUGCUGAGGUUUUAUGUUCCUGAAAGCAGUAUAUUAGUUUCAGUGGUCAGCAGUUAGUGGUUAUAAUACCCAACUAAACAAAAGUAUGUAAAACAUAUCAAUAAAGUCCUUUUGUGUGGUUAAGGCUGAGUUAUGAAAUGGACAUGUCUUCUUCCAUCCUCCACCUUUGUUAGUCUAUUUUGUAAAAAUAAUGGGAAUGGAGGAUAAAAAGGGAUGACUGAGUGGCCAGGAAUUCAGGCAGGUGCAUAACUACCCCCACAUCUUCAUCCCUUCUAAUCAUGUCUGUGUGUGUAGUCAGCCUUACCCACCAGCCCACAGGCUCUGCCCAGAUGACAGCCAAUGUCAUCCAACAUGCCGGCAGCCCUUAACCACGCCCAGUCCUGCCAAAUUCCACUGAGCCCAAAAGAUUGAAAAAAAAUAUUUGGGGCUAUUAAGGAAGCAUUUUAUUUACACAUGAAAGAAUAUUUUAAUUGCAUAGACAUGCAGCAUUGUUCCUAAUUUUCUUUUUAUCACCAUUUGCCUUCCAACUAAGUUAGAAAAAAAACAAUGUCUUUUUAGUGACAUGUUUUAGCUUUGUGCUAAGGAGUCUUUCAGACACUCACUAAGAUCUGUACACUGGGAACAUUGCAAAUCCACCCUUUUCUUACAGCUGUGAGGCAGAGAUACAUCUGCAGUCCUAAACAAGUUUUGUAAUAAAUUUCCUCAUGCCAAAAUUGAGAUUAUAAUCAGCAGUUUAAAUUGGUCCAACCAGUUAUUUUUACAGCCAUAUGUAAUCUGAAGUAACAUGUUUAAACAAGAACUGGGUAAUGUAUUCAGCAACAAAAAUGAUAUGUAUAUGCCUUUGUUCAAUACAAAAUGGGUCAAUGUGGGAGGCAGAGAAGAGGGGAUUAUUAAAAGAUUUUUUUGCUGUUCUCUUCACAUUUGGAAAAUACUGAGUAUUGUCCCUUUCUAUUGUUUCUAACUGCAAGGCAUUUAUUGAAUAGACUAUUUUACAUUAACUAAAGGUCUUAGCUCCCAGCAUAAUUAUUAAAACUUUCUAUGAAAAUUUUGAAUCCUAUUUUUAGAAAAGUUAUCUCAAAAUACAUAUCAUUAUAAAUGAAGAAAUAUUAUUUUGCUGGAUAUCAGUGACAAGAAUUAAACUCAAAUUGGGUAGACA